UAAACCAUUGAGUUUGGAACGGUUGCGCGUUGGCACUUACUGAGCCAUGGCCGCAACGGCAACGAGCAUUGCAGCUCUGUGGAGUUUAAGAAGGGCGGCUCAGUUUUCGAGUUUCCGAAGACCCCUUGCCCUUAAUCUCAAUAGGCUCUGCUUUAACGAGGCCCGGUUUCCCUCUUCUCCUCUGGGGACCUCAGGAAUAUGCCAAUUAGUGCAAGCUGUAAAGGGAGAUAUUGAUGUUUUACUCAAUGGAGUUGGAGAUAAAGGUGUUAUUGUAGACGUGAAACAAAUUCUUGUGAUGGCUAAACGUUCAUUAUCAAGACGAGAAGUUCUCCAUACAAACUUUCUUACCCCACCUGUGGUGAAAGAGUCAAUGCUAGCUAUACAAAAAUUAGCUGACGUGAAAGCAAUAGCUCAGGGAGGAUACCCAGAGGCAGAGCGCUGCCGGAUUUCUGUUGGUCAUGCAGAUGAACUAACAAGUGAUCCAGACAUAAUUUCAGCAUUGAGUAUCACAGGAAAUUUUACGUUUCACCCUUGUUCACAUGGGGACUUCCUUGGAUCAAUUCUUGGUACUGGCAUUGCUAGAGAAAAGCUUGGUGAUAUCAUGCUCCAGGAAGAAACGGGAGCUCAAGUAGUCAUUGUUCCAGAGCUUGUUGACUUCCUGAUAUCAUCACUGCGCAAGGUUGGCAAUGUCACAGUUUCUUGUACGAGGAUUCCAUUGACAGCUCUUGAAUAUGAACCACCGAAGACUAAGACAUUUAAAACCAUUGAGGCAUCUCUUAGGGUAGAUGCUAUAGCAAGUGCUGGAUUCAAGAUUUCAAGAUCUAAACUAGUGGAUUUAAUCAGUAGCGGGGAUGUUCGUGUCAAUUGGACGUCAAUUACAAAAAAUGGAACCAUUUUAAAGACUGGCGAUAUUGUUUCUGUUAGUGGCAAAGGGAGACUAAAGAUUGGAGAAAUAAAUUCAACAAAAAAGGGAAAAUUUGCUGUUGAGCUUAUCAGAUAUGUGUAAGCUCUAGAGAUAUUGUCUAUUGGAGAUGAACUGGGUUUUAACAAGAAUCAAGAGGGGAGAGAGAAUUACCUUAAUGCCCGAAGCAUGCCAUCUCUCAAGAGCCUCAGGCACAUCGUCAAAAACUACUCCCUCCAAUUCAUUGACGGAAAAUCCUGUUCUCCAUAUGUGACCCUGCAUAGCUAGAAGUCAGCUCACUCAGAAAAUCUGCCAAAUGAAUUGCAGUAAGAUAAUUAGAGAAUUAUUUUUACUUGCUUACCUGCAAUUGUUUCAAGGCAGUUAUCUUGCGGUCAGCUUUUAUCAUUCCUUCAACAUUACCAACCACUGCUGCAAUGACUUCCUCUUUCCCAGCAUUAUCAGGAGGAAUAGGCACAGCUCCAGCAACUCCUUUUUCCAAGUCUUCUUCAACCUAAAAAGAUUUUUGUUGAUAAACAUAAAAUUCAAGAGACAACUCCCAGAUAGCCUCUCAACUACCAUGGCAGGCAGGCUGUUUUCUGGUUUAAUUAAGACUUGCAAGGCACAGGUAAGUAGUGUAAAGUACAGACAGAAUAAACAUUCUACUGAUUGCAACAUAAUAAAACAAUCUUACUUGUGAACGCAA